UUCUCAUUGACUCAUCUUUUUUUUUGUUGUUGUUGAUAAUUUGACUCAAUUAUGAUAUUUCUUUAUUAUUCUAGAAUUGAUAUUUUAGACUGAUAGAUAUAGUUCAAAUAAUUAAAACAUUAAAUUUAUAAUGAUUUAGAAUUAAACCAUUAUUAUUAAUAUCUUCAUGAAGUUUUUAUCUGCUCAUAUAAGUAUAUUAGUGAGAAAGUGUCUUUCCUAUUUCCCAUUUUCAUGGCAUCACCUACUAAAAUCCAAUUCAUUGAACAAGCUCUCUCUUCUGAUAGCCCUUUCAACCUCUCUUAUUUAGACCCAAACCAAAAAUGGAUGAUCCGAAAUCACCUCCUUUCGUUUCUCCAAGACUUUCCCACUUUCACUCCCAACUUUGGCAGCUAUGUCCACAACAACGGCAUGGCCGUCAACCUCUUAUGCGUCACCGGAGAACUCCAUAUCUCUGCUAACACACCUCUCGUUCCGAUCACAAUCUGGAUCCACGAAAACCACCCUUUCAUGGCGCCACUCGUCAUCGUCUCCCCAAACUACGGCAACCCAAUUCGCAGGGACCACCCUUUCGUCUAUCUCUCCGGCUCUACCACCUGCCCUUACCUCCAGACAUGGGCUCACCCCAGGUGCUCUCUCUCGAUCCUCAUCCGAAACCUCACAAGACUUUUCACCCACGACCAUCCCUUAACACCCUCGCCGGAGCCGGCAACGGUCUUAGGGAGCGGCGGAAGCUCUAAUUUCACACACCCUUCGAGGGUCUCGAAGCGCGAGGCGCUUGAUCGACUCGCCGGGGCUGCUUACUACGACGUGGCGAAGUUUAAGGCGCGAGCUAAGCGUGAGAUCGAGGAGCUGAGGAAGUUGAGAGCGGAAAUGACGAAGAGGGUCGAGUUUGGUGAGCGAAUGGUUGGUGCGUUAGAAAGAGAGAAGGAGGAUUUGAAGAACAGAGCUACGGAGUUUGCGGAGCAAGCGGAUGUUGUGACGAACUGGCUGAGAUUUAAUGACCGGGAGGAGUUGGUGGCGGCGAUCACCGGCGAUGAAAUUGAGAAAGCUUUCGAGAGUGUUGAGCCGGAACACUCUGAUUCGGUUUUGGAGUACUUGGCUUGUGAUAAAGCGAUUGAGGAUACGAUUUAUGCGAUGGAUAAGGCGAUUGAAAUGGGAGUGGUGAGCUUCGAAAGCUAUGUUAAGCAGAUCAGAAGCUUGGCCAGAGAGCAGUUUUAUAAAAGAGCUUUGCUGGUCAAAUUCAGAGGUUCUAAUGUGCUGCAAUGGACUAACUGAUCAAAUUAAUUGUAUCAGGAAGAAGGAAAGGAGCUGUGACGCUUGAACGGUGGAAAUUUGAGUACUAAAAGAUUGUUCAUACAUGGAUUAAACUAAAACAAUUCAUAUGAUUAACUAAUUUAAUAUCCUGUAAAAGUUAAUGUAAGGUGUUCCUAAUUUAGGACCGUUACACUAUGUACUUUAAACAGUGUUAGACUUGCUAAUUAAGUCAUUUUAUUAUAAACGUAUAACUAAGGUUAA